UCGCGCGCGCACGGCUCCAGACCAAACGCUUCUCUCGCCUCUGCGCAACUGUGCCUUUGCUUCACGCCUUCUCGUCCGUUUUCUUCUCCUUCUUUCUUCGGCAACGGCAACGGCAAUGGCGAACGUAUUCUCUGCUCGGAAAACAGCGACGGUCGACGCUUACGGCCUCGCGCUCAGUAGUUAAGGCUCGCGUCGAAAACCUUUCCAUUCUCUGGAUCUGAUCGUCCUCUUCUCGCUCGCGUCGCACGCCUCGCCGAAAGAUCUUCAUUCUUCCAGUCUUGUCCUUCUUCUUCUGUUCUUUCUUCGCUUGAGCUCAGGUCCAGAUUCCAGACUCACCUCCUGACCUACACCAUCUGUGACCCUUGCAUUCCUAUUUACAAGCGCAGUCUUAUAUGGGAAUAAUUGAGAAAUUCCAUUGCCACCAUUUGGCUUUGAUGGAUGGAGAACCACACCAAAGAAAAAAACUGCAUGAGGGUUUGAAUGAUAUGCUUGCUCUUUAGGAUUUAGGUUCAGUUCAAUUCUUUUAUUUUACAACAACAGAAUGGCGAAGGAUUUCCAUUUAAUGAUAUAUCAAGAAGAAAACGCCCUUGAUUGAAUGUAGGAGUGCUAUGUUUUGCUUGUGCUUAUCUGAAUUCUUUCUGCUUGUUCCUUUUUAAUGAUUUAUAAAGAAUGCUCAUAUAAGUUGAAAAUUAUGAAUAACUGUAAGGAGAUUCAGGAUAUUUUAGGAAGGCAAAAUGGAAAGAAGUAUUGAAUGUCUAGAGAGGGAAAAUAAGUGAAAAAGAAACGUAAGUUUGAAUUGUUAAUACCACAAAUAAUUGCUGAAAUAUAGCGGUGAAUGUUUUCCAUGCACAUUUGUGGAGGAUGAAUUGAAAACGCACCUAUCUGCAGUGAAAAUAGGCUUUUCAUUUUCUAAACAAUCUUAAUUGGGGAAUAAAUUCAAAUACAAUUUCUGAAAUACAAGUUUGUAAUGGUUUGUGCAUCUGUAUAUGUCACCUUUUGCUUUUUCUUGAAUGUCUCCCUUGUGAAAGAGAAUCUGAGUUUUCAAUAUUAAUGAAUGUUCUCGUGGUUGCAGGUUUUUGAAUUAUUGCGUGAACAGCUCUGGUACAGACCUAACCUGAAAAAGUGCAUGAGCUCUUUCAAGCUAUUGUUGAUGAGGGUUUUGUGAAAUCUAAAGGUCUUUUUGCUUGGAAGAAAUUUGAAGGGGAAGCUUUCUCGGUCUCGGUCUUGGUCUUGUGCUUGGCUCACUCAAAAUUGAUUUGUUUUUAGUUAUAAAAAAAAAAAUUAUAAACCUCCAAAAUAUAGGCUCUGUGUCCAGGCUGAAUAAACUGGUUUGAAUUGAGUUGGGCUUGAAUACUGCCGGCUGAAUUACCAGCUGUAAUGUAAAUGCUCUUUGUCAUCAGAGUCGCAGCAUGCUUGGCUGCCCUGUUUUACGGGUUGGGUUAAGUUGUGUUGGUUCUACCCAUAGCCUGGAUUUGCUGGCGUCCCUUCUCUUCCUGACCAAAACUAGGCAAAGCUAGGUAGAUUGGGUUCUGAAUCUGAUUGUUUGAAGCUGCAGCGUCCAUGGCAGUGUAUUACUACCUCUACUUUUCUUUCUGAGCAGUUGACCACCUUCCUUUGCUACCAAAAAUUGUUCAUUUUUUCUGAUUCUUGAAUUGCCUUAGUUUAUAUUCUUCGUCCAAGAGUUCGGUGCCUUCAAUUUCAUCUUGGAAGAAGAUGGGGAGAUUUGAUAGGUACAUAUAUUCCUUAAAAUUUCGUUUUUCCUCAUUGUGUGCUUUUGAUUAUAUCUUCAGAAGUCAAGGUCCAUCCCACAAUGUAACUUUGCUUCAAUCACCAACCAUGUACUUCUCUAGAUACUCUACUUAUCACCAUAUGUUAAUACAAGUGGCUUCUUGUUCCUGUAUGCGCUUCAUUAAAUCUUCAUUGCCCAUGAAUUUGUUUGUUACACAUGGUAUUUCUAUGCGAUUGUAUUGUUCAGAAGCUAUUCCUACGGGUCGGAGUCUUGAUUCUAGUAAUGUUGAGGACCACCGCUUAGAAAGUGAUAUAGAAAAGAUAUACAGCACAAUAAUGGAUAAAUCCAUUGGACAUAACAACACGGAGAAAGCUCUUGACCAACUUGGAAUACCAUUGUCAACUCCUUUGGUUACUGGGAUCUUGAAGAGGCUUCAUUUUGAAGAAAAGAUGGCAUUUAGAUUUUUCACAUGGGCUGGCCAUCAAGAGAAUUAUUCCCAUGAGUUUUGUGCUUAUAAUGAUAUGAUAGAUAUCCUAUCUAGUACAAGAUACAAAGUAAGACAGUUUCGAAUAGUUUGUGACAUGUUGGACUAUAUGAAGAGGCAUAACAAGAACGUGGUCCCGGUUGAAGUUCUUUUGACUAUUUUGAGAAAAUACACUGAAAAAUAUUUAACUCAUGUGCAGAAGUUUGCGAAGAAGAAGAGGAUAAGAGUAAAAACUCAGCCAGAAAUAAAUGCAUUUAACCUGCUAUUGGAUGCUCUUUGUAAGUGUAGCCUGGCUGAGGAAGCUGAAGGUCUCUUUAAGAAAGUGCAAAGCAAAAUUAAGCCCAAUGCAGAUACAUAUAACAUAUUGUUUUUUGGGUGGUGCAGAGUUAGAAACCCAACGAGAGGAAUGAAAGUGCUGGAAGACAUGAUCCAAUGCGGUCAUAUACCUGACAAUUUUACAUACAAUACUGCCAUUGAUACCUUCUGCAAAGAAGGCAUGCUAAAUGAGGCUUUAGAACUUUUUGAGUUCAUGAGAACAAAAGGUUCUACCAUAUCUUCUCCCACUGCCAAGACAUAUGCAAUCAUUAUUGUUGCUCUUGUUCAAAAUGAUAGAAUGGAGGAUUGCUUUAAACUUCUGGAGUGUAUGAUUGGUAGUGGUUGCCUCCCUGAUGUCUCAACAUACAAGGAUAUAAUUCAAGGAAUGAGUUUGUUUGGAAAGAUAGAAUUAGCUUACAAAUUUUUGGAGGAGAUGGGAAACAAAGGUUAUCCACCUGAUAUAGUAACUUACAAUUGUUUUCUCAAGGUCCUUUGUGACAAUAAGAAGUCUGAUGAAGCACUUAGACUUUAUGGAAACAUGAUUGAUUUAGGCUGUCUUCCCAGUGUCCAGACUUAUAAUAUGCUGACUUCAAUGUUUUUUAAGAUGGGUGAUCCCGAUGCGGCAUUUGAGACUUGGCAUGAAAUGACCAAGAGGGGUUGUGCACCAGAUAGAGAUUCAUACUGUGUGAUGAUUGAUGGGUUGUUUAGGUACGAUAAGGUGGAAGAUGCUUGUUUUCUCUUGGAAGAAGUUAUAAACAAGGGAAUAAAAUUGCCAUUUAGGAAGUUUGAUAGUAUUUUGAUGCAUCUUUCUGUAAUUGGUAAUCUCCAAUUCAUUCAUAGGCUCUCAGAUCAUAUGAGAAAAUUCUACAAUCCUGCUUUGGCGAGACGAUAUGCGCUUGGUGAGAAACGCAAGAGUGCAAGUUUGCGAGGGAAAUAAUAACAUGAAAUUCCUUGUCUAGCUUGUGCCACCUGUUAGGGUAACUUGAAUGGAAAGGAGUAAGGAGGUUUCUCCUUGUGAUAGGUUAAAAAAAAAAUUUGCUGGAAGCAUAAUUCCAGGCCUCAGAGUAUGUCCUUGUACUAGUAUCUUGACAUAAUGCCAAUCAGUUGCUUCUUUGGAAGUUCUCUAUUGGCCACCUUAUUGCGGCAAAUCAUUUUAUUCUUGGAUGUAUUUAUUCUCAUAUAUAGUGUGCCCUGAAAAUUUUUUGGAAUUGUUUUGGCAUACUGUCACUGUGCAAUCCUCAUUUAGAAGGUCAUGCGACCAAGAGGUGGAAGGAGUCAUGCUAGUACUUUGUGGCCUCAUGUUAGCAGAGCAAAGGUUGGACAGCUCUCAUGUGCUGAUCAGAAGGCAAAAAAUAAAACUGUCUGCCUGUGUCUCCCUCGUCCCAAAAAAGAAAAAAAAAAAGAUUGUAUGCUUAGUCUGGUUGCUGAAAAAUUUUGAAAAAUAGAAGUUCUUCUGGAGCAGUGUUGCAGUGUUUUCAUACUCCAGAAGCAACCAAAGUGUCUCAACUCUACCUUAUGUUUACAAAGGGUGCAUAACAACUUGUAUAGGGUCUGAAGAUUAGGCGCCACCCCAUCUUUUCAAGUUCUAUAUGGUUUAUUACCCUGCACAAUAACUUUAUUAUGUAUGGUUUUUGCUUUUGUUUCCGCCUUUCGUUGGCACUGAUUCAUGUUUUACAAUUGGGUGCCGCUCUUUUUAUGGAGUAAAGCGAGGAGCUUAUGGUGGAACUGAGUAAUUGUCUCUUCUUUUUCAAGAAAAUAAUAUUAACUCAAAGUUCCCUGUCCAUCCCAAAGAAACCAAAGUGUUGUUUUUAUUUUCUUGUUUUUGUUGGGGGUAUAUUCGCAAAAAACUUAUAUAUUUACUCUUAUAUAUUUAAUGUGCUUGUAUUUGA